AUGAAGGAAGUGUAUAUAGUAAUAAUUUGUGCUGCCCUGGUUUACCAUUGUGAUGCACAGGGAACCAUUGAUUCUAUUGUGAACGAUGCUGUUCAAAGUGCGUUUGGUGGUGGUGUAGGGGGAGGAGCGCCCAUCACAGCUUUUGGGGGUCAGGGAGGAAUCGCCCCAGCUCCUGGGGGUGUAGGACAAAUUCCAGCAAGUCGAACAACCAGCGGGGGAAUUGUACCAUUCCCCACCCCUGCCGGAUCUGGUGCCGCCGCCGCCCUAGCUCGGUUCUCCCAGAGUAAUGCCCCAGCUACCACAGCGCUGCUCAAUGACCGAUCAACUAGAGCCUCCUUUGCAGCAAGAUCCAUAGCACUAAACCCGGAAAUUGGAGGAGGAACAGCGGCCGGUUUCCAGAGAGCAGUGUCAGAUCCUCAGGUUACAUCAAGCUUUCAACGAGCAUUCGAUCCAUUCUGUUUUCAGAGACCAGUCUGUGAUGUUAGUGAUCCAUAUCGACGAACAGACGGACAAUGUAACAAUUUAAUUGAUACCAUCUUGGGAGCAGCACAAACUCCACAACAGCGAGUUUUACCCGCUGCCUACGACAACUUGAUCAACACUCCACGCAUCAGGUCUGUUAGGGAACCAUUCUUUCUGCCAAGUGCUCGGACUGUUAGUAACAACGUGUUUCGGUUUAUUGGAGGGGGCAUGACCCCUGUCAGUGCCGCAUUCUCCACCUACCUCACUCACCACGGACAGUUCAUUGAUCAUGACGUCAUCGCCACGCCCUCAGAGCAAUUGUCUAAUAAUGACUGUUGUAUGCCAAUGAUGAAUCAACAGAAUCCAGAGGCUUGCUUUAGCAUUGUUGUAGAAGCAGGGGAUCCAUUUUUCCCACCCGAUAAAACCUGUAUGAACGUUGUCCGUCAUGCCGGAUCGCCGCCCAUCCGAUGUGAAAACGGUGUCCGUCAGCAAAUCAACCAGAGAACAGCUUUUGUUGACGGGUCCAUGAUUUAUGAUUCUGAUGUCAGCAAAGAACUUCAAUUAAGAGCAGGCGUCGGGGGACGACUUGCCGAGAACGAACAGAAUCUGCUGCCACCCCAUCCCCAGGGCUGCCCUCCCUUGGCGCCUCCUGCAGAGCGCCAGUGUUUUGUAGCAGGUGAUCACAGACCCAGCGAGACACCAACUCUAACUAUUCCACACAUCACGUGGUUAAGACGUCAUAAUCUCAUUGCUGACGCAUUAAGACAAGCCACUGGCAUCACAGAUGACGAGACUCUUUUCCAGGAAGCAAAGAGGAUAGUAAUAGCAGAGCUUCAACAUGUUACAUACAACGAAUUUCUACCCGCCGUCCUUGACGAUUUUCAUAUGAAUGCCUUUAACCUUCGAUCAAGGCCGUUUGGACAUGCAGAAGUUUAUAACCCUACAAUAGAUCCUAGAACAAUUAAUGCCUUUGGUGUUGCAGCUUAUCGUAUGGGUCACAGUUUGGUGAGAAACACUGUAGGUCAUGUAUUUGGGAACGGAGCCUCUGUCACUUUUCCCGUCCACAGGCAUUUUGAGCGCCCAGAUUUAAUGUAUGACGGAGGAUAUGAAUUUAUGACACGUUGGAUGUCAAGGGAACCUAAAUCAAGAUCUGAUAGAUUUUUGGUAGAUGGAAUUAGGAAUAGACUGUUUGAAUUUCCACCUGUUCCUGGUAUGAACCCAUCAGAAACAUUAUCUUUUGAUCUGGGAGCUUUGAACAUACAGAGAGGCCGAGAUCACGGUAUACCCUCCUACAAUGCUUACAGAGAAUUCUGUGGACUUCGAAGAGCAGUUUUGUUUGCUACUGUCCCUGGGGGACUGGUCGAUCAUACUCCACAGGCAGCAUCUGCGCUUCAGCAAACUUACAUACACCCAGACGAUAUUGAUCUUUUUGCUGGAGGUUUGUCUGAAACUCCUCGACCGGGAAGCAUUCUAGGACCCACGUUCCAAUGUCUCAUCGCCCUUCAGUUCAGCCUCUACAAACAUGGUGACCGUUUCUGGUACGAGCGCACUUUCCCCGAAAACCCACUGUCUGCUUUUACACCAGCUCAGCUUUCUCAAAUUAAACAGACCACAUACUCCAAGAUUUUGUGUUCAGUUGUAAAGGAUAUUCCUGGCGCUAUUCAUUCCUUCCAACCAAGUCUGAUGAUACGUCCUGAUAUUCCAGGAAAUUCACCUUUACCAUGCCCAACAUUGCUACAAGGAAGUCGUCUUGGGAUCGACAUUAGGCCAUUUGCUCAACAACUACUGCAAUUAGGUGGCCGCCGACGGCGAGUGGCAUUAAUGCCUAGCCCACUUAAUCCAGGUAUGAUGGGAAUGAUGCCCCUUUCAACAAAUGGAUGACGAGGAUACAACGUGUGUAAUUCCCAGAUAUAAUUAUGGAGAGAAAAAAUGUGUUAUAAAAAACAAAAAAAGAAUAAAAUUUACAACAAAUCA